AUUUGUCUUGUGCACAAAUUUCAUAGUGUAAGUAUAGUGUAUAAUGGCUCAAUGCUGAGAACUCGGAUGGAUACCACAUGCCAGUCCCUAUGUCGCUCGCUGGUGAGCCAAAAUGAAAACAUAGACAUCUCUCAGUCGGUGCUCUACACCUCCCUCAUGGGCUUGUUGCUGGUGGCUGACAAAGAGAGAGAGAUAAAGCUGGGCAAUGGACAAGCUGGGCUGCAUAAUACCGGGAACACAUGUUUCCUGAAUGCCAUUUUGCAGUGUCUCUCCCACACUCAGGGGCUUAGAGACUACUGUCUGAGUAAAACCUACCUCCAGGACAUGUACUCCAGUCAAGAGCCAGAGUUGAUGAAUGAAUUCACCAAAGUUUUGGAAGAGCUGUGGUGCACAGACGAAGGAAAAAGGGUGGUGAAUCCUAAACGUUUCUACCAUGUCUUUAAAGAGGCUUUGCCUUGCUUCAGUGGAUACAGUCAACAGGAUGCUCAUGAGUUCUUGCGAUUCCUUUUGAACCGGUUACAUACAGAAAUCAACCGCCGACCCACUCAUCGCACUGCCACUGCUAACACACCUGAGCCCAGCUACAAUCGAUUAAGAAUUUCAGAAGAAGCAGCUGCUAUGUGGAAGAAAUACAUGGACAAGGAUGACAGUAUAAUUGUAGAUUUGUUCUCUGGACAGCUGCGUAGCUCACUGCACUGCUCGGUCUGCUCACACUACUCCAACACAUUUGACGUGUUCUGUGAUCUGUCUCUGCCUAUCCCAAAGACGAGUGACUCCAGAGCAGCUGUGACCCUCCGGGAAUGUUUGGAUUUGUUCUCACACGUGGAAAAACUCAGUGAAGAAAAUUCACCUAUGUGUGAGAAGUGUAAUCGUUGCACAGAGACCACAAAAAGUCUAACCAUCCAGAGAUUUCCUAAAAUCCUGGUGAUACAAUUAAAACGCUUUACAGCAUCGAGGUGUUCUAUUCGGAAAAGUACAGUACCGGUGUCUUUCCCUCUAACGGAUCUUGACUUGGGAACAUAUGGACCGAGUGAUUGUGGCCCAGUACUGUAUGAUCUAUACGCUCUAUGUGACCACACUGGCACUGUGAACAUGGGUCACUACACAGCUGUCUGUCAGGAUAAAGGAGGUUGGUGCUGCUAUAAUGACUCAUGUGUUACCCAAAUAUCUGUGGACCAGCUUCAGUCCAGUCAGGCCUAUCUUCUCUUCUACACACUUAAAAACAACAUGGCCUCCAGGAAAUGAAUCUCUUUUUAGACUUUAGGACAAGACCUUAGAGGGCAAUUCCACUCCUACGGAAAUGAAGUUUGUGUUCACAGACCUUCAUCAGAAACAUGGUUUUCAAUGAAAGUGAAGGACACUGAAUUGCCAGCAAAACUGUUUGUUAUAUUCAAAGUACUUUUUGUAGUUAUAAAUAUGUUUGUUAAAUAAACAUUUUAAAGUAAUUCAUUACAAUUUCUUUAACAUUGUGUGACUAGUGACACUUUUUUUGUUAAAAACAUUUUGCAUCACAAAAAUCUAUAAAAGGUGAUGAAUCCAUAAAACUCUACAUCUCUUUUUUGUUCAAGUAAACCCAUGCUUAUGCAUUAGAUUAGAAGUCUGCAGAUGAACAAUAAUUUAAGAAAAGCACAAUUUAGUCAGCAAGUUUGUCAUGUGUAAAGAUCUCUCUCUCUCUCUCUCUCUCUCUCUCUCUCUCUCUCUCUCUCACACACACACACA